AGCCUAUGGACGCAAGGACAAGGCUGCUCCACUCCGUGCUUGCCAGGCUGUGCUGCCGGGACUCUGCCAGUGCUGGUCCUGCUGCUUGCCCCGUCUCCUCGUCCCUAUGGCCGUCCCGCCCCAGCUACGGGCUCUGCUCCUUGCGGUCAACGCACUGUUGCGCAAGCGCCGCUACCACGCUGCGUUGGCCAUGCUUAAGGGCUUCCGGAACGGGGCAGUCUACGGAGCCAAAAUCCGGGCCCCUCACGCGCUGGUCAUGACCUUUCUCUUCCGGAGUGGCAGCCUCCAGGAGAAGCUGCGGGCCAUCCUGCAGGCCACGUACACCCACUCCCGGAACCUGGCCUGCUUUGUGUUCACCUACAAGGGGCUCUGCGCCCUGCAGGCCCGCGUGCAGGGUGAGACCUACCAGGCACACUCGUUCUUGGCUGCCUUCAUCGGGGGCUUGCUGCUGUUUGGAGAACACAAUAACAUCAACAGUCAGAUCAAUAUGUACCUGCUGUCACGAGUCCUGUUUGCCCUGUGCCGCCUGGGCGUGGAGAAGGGCUACAUUCCCGAGCCCAGGUGGGACCCAUUCCCUCUGUUCACGGCAGUAGUGUGGGGGCUGGUGCUGUGGCUCUUUGAGUACCACCGGUGCACUCUGCAGCCCUCACUGCAGUCCUCCAUGACCUACCUGUACCAGGACAGUGACGUGUGGCACGAUAUCUCAGACUUCCUCCUCUACAACAAGAGCCUUCCCUCAAAGUAACGUGCCCCCAACGUGCCUAUGGGGGCUUCUACACCCAAGAUCAGCUCCGUCGGUGAAUCCUCCCAGUGGAUCCUUCUCAAGAUCAUGGUUCUCAGACUCCAGCUUUUUUUGUCCCAGGGUUCCAUCUGCCAAAGCAAAAGCACUGAUUUCCAAGUCCCAUUAGGUGCUCUCAUAUGGUGGAGCAAGGGGAGAUUCGGGCCGUGGGGCCUCGGAUAUGAUUCCUUUCAUGCUGCUCACUUCUGGGAGACCGGGGAAAGACACCCCCUCUGGGCAUCAGGGGUCAUGGAGCUCAGAGGAGGGCCCCAAAAUCUCUUUAUGGUGCGUACGGUCUUCAAUCUUUCUUAAGUAACAGAGUGCUCCUUGCUGGUGGGCAGUGGGCUGCGAGUCCGUUUUUAGAAAAUACUAUAUUCCUUGCUCAGGCGUUCUAUUGGAGAAGCUCUAGAAUUCCACUGUCCAGUAGAAGCACAUGUGAUCCAUAAAUGUGAUUGAAAUCUUUCUUAGUAGCCACAUUAAAAAAAAGUAGAAAGAAGCA